AUUUUAGCGUUAAAUUCGUGGUCACACAGCACCUGACGCUAGUUUUUGGUUAUUUUGGAAAAUAAAUAUUUAAAAACUGAUUAAAACUUGCUCCUGAGACAGCAACAACAUGACCGAAGUGGACGAUGGAGCCGAGUUGUUGUUCUUCGACACCUUCUCCCACGAAGAUAUCACCGACAUAAACCUGGAUCUGGUGCAGUUCCCCAAGCCGGUAUUCAUCACGCAAGUGCGCAUUAUUCCGCUGGGUGCCCGGGUGCAGGCCGACUUUCCGGGCGGCGUUCGGCUGGGCGCCACGAACCCAUCCAAAUUUGAUCUGGAGUUCUUUGUCAACGACCUGGGCAUGCCGGGUGCCUCGGCGUUCGAAAAUCUGGGCUUGCUGCGCUACAACCAGAACGAUUGCAUUCACCUGGACUGCUCGCUGGAGAAGAUCCCCACCGAUGGCCUCGUCCUGCGCGGUUGGUACAGCACCAUCACCCUGGCCGUGUAUGGCAUCCUCACCAAUUCGGUGACACAGCCCAUUGCCAGUCCAACGCUGCCCUGCGAGCCUGCGGGACCGGAGAUGUGCAAUCUCAGUGCGGAGGCGCACAAUGUCCUGCUGCAGGAGGAGGUUCUGAAGGAUGAGUGGGCGGAGCCGAUUCCCGCAGAGCUGCUGGUGCCGCACAAGGCCGUCGUCAGUGACUACGAGCACGAUGACUUGGAGUACGGGCUGUCGCGCGACCAUCAGCAGCAUUACCAUCAGCAUGCCGAGGAGGAGCAGCGAGAGCUGCGUCGCCUGCGACGCUCCACCCAUUCCACGGACCGUUCGCCGCCACCGCCGCCACCCAUGCGGACGCACACGCACUCGGAGAGCAACGAAAGGGAGUACAUCAGAUGUUCGCGCGACAAGGGAUCGAGGGAUUGGUCGCGUUCCCCGGAGUAUUCCAGCCAUCGGUCGCGUCGCAAGCGCUCCGACCGCUCCCGCUCGGACGCUGAUGAGCACAAGUGGCCACGCACGCCGCCCGCAUCGAUAGAUUCGCCCAUCAGACCGCGUUCGCCCGAUGCCAUGGACUACGAUGACGACGACUCCCGAUCCCACUACAAAAUGCAGGCCUCGCGUGGCUAUCGACACUCGUCGGAGUCGCUGCAUCGCGACCGGGAUGACGAGGAGCGCUCUGGCACGCCCCAGGAACAAUUUGAGCCAAUUCUCAGCGACGACGAGAUAAUUGGCGAUGACGAAGAGGACGAAUCCGAGGACGUGGCGGCGGCAGCCGAGUACGAGCGCGAGCUGGAGUUUGCCGCAGCCGUCGCCCCGCCAGCCAUCGAUGCGUUCGAGCCGUGGCAGAGGCCGCUGCUCAUGUAUGAGGGCGACCUGGCGGCGCACCUUAGCAAGGAGCUGGAAACGCUGCGGCUGCUCUUCAAGAAGCUGUCGCUGCAGACCCGCAGCGAGAGCGUCACCGCCUUCAGCGACGAUCACGGCCUGAGUGCGGACGAGCGCGAACAGUUUGUCUACCUGGGCGAGCAGUUGAACAACCAGCUGGGGUAUCUCUCGCAGCACUACAAGCGGCGCAACUUUGUGCUGCAGCAGUUCUUCAGCCACGACGAUGUGCAUCUGCGACAGGCGGCGAAUGUCCUGCAGGUGGCACUGAGCUUCCAGGCGGCCUGCGUGCAGCCGCAGCCCGCGUUCAAGAUACGACACAUCAAGCUGGGCGCCCGCAUGGCCGAGCUACUGGGCAGCAAUGAGCAGCUGUUUGGCCACCUGCUGCAGGAGCAGGGCUUUGAUCUGUUCGAGGCCGUGCUCAGCCUCUACAAGGAGCCCUACAUGGCCCUGUCCAUUAAGCUGCAGCUGCUCAAGGCCGUCUAUGCCAUGCUGGACACCCGGCUGGGCGUGCAGCACUUCCUCUCGCCCAAGACGAAUGGCUACCAGAUGGUUAUGGACUUCCUGAAGACGGCCAAGCUGACUAGGACCAAGUACGCCCUACAGGCCAUCAUCAAGAAGCUGCAUUUGUACGAGGCCUUGGCCAGCGUCCAGCAAUGCUGCCGCCAGAUCUUCGUGGAUCGAGAUGCCAGUGCUGUGCCGGAGUCAGCGCCAGAUGCCAGCCGCUUGGAGAUCUGCCAGAGGAUCGAGUUUGCCUUCCAGAUGCUGAUGGACGCCCUGACCGCCAGCCAAUUGAGUUACCAGCAGCCGCGCCGGUUCCUGCCCGUUUCCAAGAAGUUCGAAGUGCUCAUCGAUCCCACAGCCCAGCGGAGCUUUGGCAAUGCCCUGCAGUCGUAUUUCGUGCAGCAUUCGCUCGCCGAGUCCGUGCUGAUCAUCCUGAGCAAUCCCAAUGAGGUGCCGCCCUCCACAUUCCUGUGCACCCUAGACCUGAUGCACACCCUCCUGCUGUCCCAUGUGGGCAUCGAUUACUUUGUGGACGACGCCUUUCCCGUCACCCAAAUGAUCGUGUCCAUUCUGCUCGGCUUGGAUGAGGUGCCCAGCCAUCCGAGGCCGCAUGUGCUGGCUCCGCCAGCAAAGCUGGAGGAGGAAAAGGCAAAGGCGGAUCUGGAUCAGGAGAAGCCAAUGGACGCGAAUGAGCAGCCGAAGCCGGAUGAGGCGAAAGAGGCUGCCAUCAGCGAGGAGGAGCCAAAGCUUGCGCCCCCACCGCCAGUUGUGCGGCACCCCAUUCUUCGGCCAGUGCUCCCGCGCCUGGCCCGCCUGGGCAUCGAGCUGUCCUACAAGGUGCAGACUCGAUACCACCUCGAUGCCAUUGUGUUCACGGCCGCCUGUCCCGAGUACGACACCAUUACCAUAGCCACGCACAUGCACUCGAUCUACUCGCAGACGUGCGAUCCCGCCGGCAGACAGCACACUGUCGAGGUGCUGGGGCUGAACAACAACCUGAAGAUCUUCAUGGAUCUGAUCAAGAAGGAGCAGCGACUGCAGACUCAGCGCCAGCUGCUCAGCUCGCCGGGCACCAAGUACAAGAGUCCGGUGCUCAGCUAUGCGGUGGACAUGGUGGACGCCUGUGUGCGCUACUGCGAGCAGCUGGACUACCUCAUCGAGCACGGCGGCGUCAUACUGGAGCUGGCCAAGAACCACGAGACCUUCGAGCCAUCGGUGUCGGCGGUGCUGCAGGAGAUGUACGUGUACAUGAAGCCCCUGGAGGCCAUCAAUGUGUUUGUCUACGACGACAUAAUGCCCCUGGUGGAGGUGAUUGGUCGCUCCCUCGACUAUCUGACCACGUUCCCCGGCGAUCUGAUCAUGGCGCUGCGCAUUCUCCGCUUUCUGGCCAUCAGCAGGCCGCGCCAGAAGUCGCACGGCACCGAGGAGCUGAAGCAUCGGUUUGUGGCCCUGCAGCUGUAUGCUGCGGAUGGGGUCCAGCUGCUGCUGCAGAUCAUGGAGCGACUGUGCACGCACUUUGAGCAGCCCGGCAUACACGCACCCGCCCUGAUGACCAUCCAGGGCGUACAUUGCUGCCAGAUCAUGCUGCCCACACUGCAGAUCCUUCGCGAGCUGCUCUCCUACGCCAUACUGUGCCGCAACGGCACCUACAAGGAUCUCACGGCCAUCGACCACCUGGUGAAGGUGUACUACCUGCUCUUCUACUACCCCUCGCGCUGCCAGGCCGGCGCAGAGGUGGAGCAGUGCAAGCUGGAGGUGGUGCAAAGCCUGUUGGCCUACACCCAGCCGCACGAGCAGGAUGCCGAGUCGCUGCACAAGUCCCUCUGGACGCUGAUGAUACGCGAGGUGCUGAAGAAUAUCGAUGGACCCGCGCACUUUAUACCAGGACUCAAACUGCUGGCCGAGCUGCUGCCACUGCCACUGCCCAUGCCCCAGCCGCUGAGCGAUCAAUUGAAGCAGCAGCACAAGCAGCGACUGAUUACCGAGCGGAAGCUCUGGUCCGCCCACCUGCAUCCGCAGAGCGGGCAGAUCGCCAAGCUGGUCGAGGCCCUGGCUCCGUCGAGUUUCCCGCAGCUGGCGGAACUGCUGCAGCGCGUCUGCAUGCAGCUCUCGGAUCUGGCCCCGAACAUGACCCUGCUGAUAGCCAAGACCAUCACGGAGCUGCUGUGCACCGAGUACCAGACCUCCAAUUGCAUUCCCACCACCAAUCUGGAGCGGCUGCUCCGCUUCUCGACGCGCCUCUGCGCCUUUGCGCCGCUGAAGAGCUCCAUGCUCUCGAUUCUGUCCGGCAAGUUCUGGGAGCUCUUCCAAUCGCUGCUGGCCCUCAAUGAGUUCAACGAGGUGGUGACCAAUUGCCAGGAGGCGGUGCACCGCAUCCUCGACAGCUUCCUGGACUCGGGCAUCUCCCUGAUAUUCCACAAGUCGACGGCUCUGCCAGCACUGAAUCUCUCUGCCGCGCUGCCGCCCAAGGAGCUGAUACCGCGGAUCAUCGACGCGGUGUUCAGUAAUCUAACCAGCGUCGAGGUCACCCAUGGCAUAUCCAUACUGGCGGUGCGCAAUCUGGUGAUACUCACCGAGCACGACUUCACCUUUUACCACUUGGCACAGCUGCUGAAGCAGAAGCUCACCGAAUUCCAGGCCUGGAUGGAGCGCGUCAUCCUGCACAACGAGACGGUGGAGUACCAUGCCAACAUCGAGUCGCUGAUCCUGCUGCUCCGUUCGCUCACGCAAAUUGAACCGCCGCCGCCAAUGUCCGCGAUGCCGAAUCGCACCCUCAAGCUGGGCGCCACUGAGCUGGCCCAGCUGGUGGAGUUCCAGGACAUUGAGAUGGCCAGGCCGCCGGUGCUGGCACGCAUACUGCGGGUGAUGGACAAGUACAAGGCGGUGGCCAAUGAGGCGGCAGUGUGCGACCUCAAGCAAUUGAUUAUCCUGCAUGCCUCCAGGCAGGAGGCAAGCGCCAGCAUAGAAACGCUGCCCGCCGCCCCCGUGGAGACCGAAAGUGAGCCAGGCAAUCCGGCUGCCAGCAGCGGCAGCACCAGCAGCACCAGCAGCAGCAGCACCAGCGGAUCCCUUAGCGUGGAACCCUUUCUGCCGCAGGCCGAGGGCAUUGUCACACAGUACGAGGCGCGUCCGAUCUUCACGCGCUUCUGUGCCACGGCCGAGAAUCCGCAGCUUACGGCUCGCUACUGGCUGGAGCCGCUGCCCAUCGAGGUGAUCGAGGACAUGAACGAGCCGCUCUACGAGCGCAUAGCCUGCGACCUCACUGACCUGGCCAAUGUCUGCCUCAAUCCGGACCUGGCCACCUCCGGCGACUCGAAGCGCACGCUGAAUCUGUCCGGCUCGCCGCAGUCGAACCGCGAGAUGACGCCCACAGCGCCCUGCUUCCGUACACGGCGUGUGGAGGUGGAGCCGGCAACGGGGCGGCCAGAGAAGAAAAUGUUCGUCUCGGCGGUGCGAGGAAGAGGCUUUGCCCGUCCGCCGCCUUCGCGUGGCGAUCUGUUCCGUUCGCGUCCGCCCAACACGUCGCGUCCGCCGUCGCUGCAUGUGGAUGACUUCCUGGCCCUGGAGACCUGUGGCGCACAGCCCACUGGACCAACGGGCUACAACAAGAUACCCUCCAUGCUGCGGGGCUCGCGAGUGGGUCGCAAUCGUGGCUCGCGCAUCUCGGCAGCGGCUGCCUUUAGACAAAAGAAAAUUAUGCGCAUGGGCUCGCCCUCCAGCUGGACAGAGUCUGGUGGCGGCGGCGGCGGCGGUGGGUCGUAUCGUUCCAGCUCGGAAUCGCAUUUUGGCGGCAGCGACUCGCACUACUCCUCGCCCCACUACAGUGGCAGACCGCGUGGUCGUGGUCUGCGCUCCCGCCCGCCCUACCUGCGCUAAGGACGCAAAGAUCAAGGACAGAUCCAUAUCUGCAUCUUAAGCUUCAAUGUAUUUCCCCUUAAUUUAAGUCGAGAUCUCCCGGAAGAUGGGGGUUCGAUGUCAGUUUGUCUUGAUUAUACCAUUCGCAAUAAAGCUCGGAUCUAUACACAGUUAAUAAGGAUCGAAAAGAUCU